AUUAUCUCCUUCCCCGUUCCAUUCCGUUCCACUUCUGCCGCCUCCCUGCCGAUUGCUCCCGAUCUGCCAAUCGCCAACGGGACGGAGGAGCAGAAGUAGAAGGCAUGGCGCCGUCCUCCCCCGCCUUUCCUCCGUCCAACAUCUUCGUGUUGCUCGGGGUGGGCCUCGCCGGCAUAUUACUUAUGACGCGGCGCCUCCGGCGGCGAGUCACGAAGGAGGACUUCGGUGCCUUCGUCCAGCGUCUCCAGGUUCUACCGCCGCCUCCGCCUCCACCUCCCAAAGCCCCCCACCCGUUGACCGGCCUCACCUUUGCCGUUGCCGACGCAUUUGAUAUUGAAGGAUAUGUGACUGGGUUUGGGCACCCCGAAUGGGUAAGGACUCAUGAAUCUGCAUUGAGAACAUCCCCCAUCAUUUUGGCUCUUGUGGAUGGUGGUGCCACUUGCGUUGGAAAAACUGUCAUUGAUGAGUUAGCAUAUGGUAUAAGUGGUGAAAACAAUCACUAUGAUACACCUGAGAAUCCUUUAGCACCUGAGCGAGUGCCAGGAGGAUGUUCAAGUGGGUCAGCUGUAGCUGUUGCUAGUGGCUUGGUAGAGUUUUCCCUGGGUGUUGAUGCUGUUGGUGGAGUGAGAAUACCUGGGGGAUACUGUGGCAUUUUAGCUUUCCGACCUUCUUACGGUUCUGUUUCUAAUAUGGGUGUUAUUCCUGUUUCCCCUAGCCUUGACACAGUUGGAUUAUUCUCCAAGGAUCCUAAUGUGUUUCAUCGUGUGGCUCAUAUACUGCUCCAGAUUCCAUUUGGUGGUUUGCGCCAACCUAGAAGUAUAAUGAUUGCAGAUGACUGUUUUGAACUGUUGAAAAUUCCGACCAGCAGUGUGAUUCAGGUGCUGGUCAAAUCUGUAGAGAAGCAGUUUGGACGGCGACUUCUAAAGCAUCUAAACCUCGGAGAUUAUUUGUCUCCAAGACUCCAUAGCUUGAAACAACUUCAAAAUGGAACAAAGAAUGAUGAGUCAAGAAGCACACUCCUAUCGCUUGCUAAUGCUAUGCAAUCUCUUUACAACCAUGAGUUCAGGAAUAGCCAUGAGCAGUGGAUCAGCUCUACUAAGCCUGUCCUAGAUCCAUUUAUCUCAGCACAAAUAAAUAGAUCGCUGGCCAAUACACUUGCACUUGAUUGUUGCCAUUCUGCAAGAGAAGAGACACGCUCAGCCCUAUAUUCUCUUUUAAAGGAUGAUGGAAUACUUGUCAUCCCUACAGUGUUAGGACUUCCUCCAAAGCUAAAUGCAAAGCAAAUAUUAUCUGAAGAAUAUCUUUCUCAUACAUUUUGUCUGUCUUCUGUUGCUAGUAUGUCGGGUUGUUGUCAGGUCACCAUACCCAUAGGAAUACAUGAAAAAUCUCCGGUCUCCCUUUCUUUCAUUGCCAGGCAUGGGGCAGACUCUCUCUUGCUAGAUACUGUCAAGUCCAUGUAUGCUACUCUUCAGGAAGAAGCUAACAUUGCAUCCAAGUCCAACUUUUCAAAAAGUAGCAUUAGCAAGAAAGAAUCUGCUGAAAUUGCAAAAGAAAAAGGUAAUGCUGCUUACAAAGACAAACAAUGGCAAAAGGCUAUAAAUCUAUACACAGAUGCAAUCAAACUUAAUGAAAAAAAUGCAACAUACUAUAGUAACCGAGCUGCUGCAUAUCUUGAAAUGGGAAGUUACCUUCAAGCUGAAGCAGAUUGCACUGACGCUAUCAACCUUGACAAAAAGAAUGUUAAAGCAUAUCUUAGAAGGGGAACUGCCAGAGAGAUGUUGGGCUACUAUAAAGAAGCAAUUGAAGACUUCAAGUAUGCUCUUGUCCUGGAACCUACAAACAAAACAGCAACAAAUGCUGUCAAUCGACUAAAGAACGUAUUUCCCUAGAUGUUCGAUCACAUGAGAUGCCAGCAAUUUUAGUACUUCAAAUUUUUGUAGUCAGGGCGAUGAGUGAUACAGGAUCUAGCUGGGCACCUUGUAAGAGCCCUGUGCUGGUCAUGACAUAAAAGCACAUGAAAUGCUCAAAAAUGGAUUAACAGAUGGUGAUUGAUAGCGCGCCAUAGUUGUGCUGGUUGAGGUGCCUCAGUUAUAUCUUUGUUUUUUGUUUUUGUUUUAAAUCUAUAGGCUAGUCUCAUUUUUAGCUGUUGUUACGUGAGAGUAUUAUAGUUGAAUAAAAUUGUACUAAUUUAGACUUAUUUCUUUUAUUUAUAAUUGCAUUUGCUGCGUUGUACUAA